AUGUCAGAAGAUUCAGAAGAAGACUAUUCAGAUAGAUCAAUCAGUGAUGAAGAUGAAUCAGAUGAGGAUUCCUUCAUGAAAUUUGAAGAACUCCACCAAUGUGCACUUUUAACAGCUGACUCUAUCACUGACCCAUUUUUCCCCCGGACUACGCAGAUACUAUUGGAAUACCAGCUAGGGAGAUGGGUGCCACGCCUUCGUGAGCCACGAGAUUUGUAUGGUGUCUCUUCUUCUGGUGAACUGAGCCCAACACGGUGGCCGUACCACUGUGAGGUCAUUGAUGAAAAAGUCCAGCAUAUUGAUUCGACUCCUCCUUAUUCUGAGCCAGUGUACAUCCCAACAGGCCUAGAGACCGAACCCAUUUAUUCAAACUCCAAGGAAGAUACAGUAGUUUAUCUAGCUGAAGAUGCUUACAAAGAGCCGUGUUUUGUGUAUUCUCGCGUUGGAGGCAACCGAACAGCCCUGAAGCAGCCAGUGGAUGAUUGUGACAGCACUCUGAUGUUUGAAGCAAGGUUUGAGAGUGGUAAUCUACAGAAGGUAGUCAAAGUGGCAGAAUAUGAAUACCAGUUGACUGUGCGCCCUGACCUCUUCACAAAUAAGCACACCCAGUGGUACUAUUUCCAAGUCACUAAUACCCAAGCAGAAAUAGCCUACAGAUUCACUAUUAUCAAUUUUACCAAGCCUGCUAGUCUUUACAACCGGGGUAUGCGCCCACUGUUUUAUUCUGAAAAAGAGGCCAAAACUAAUAACAUUGGCUGGAGGAGAAUAGGAGAGCAAAUCAAGUAUUACAGGAACAACCCCGGGCAAGAUGGGCGCCAUUAUUUCUCUCUCACGUGGACCUUUCAGUUUCCACACAGCAACGAUACCUGCUACUUUGCUCACUGCUAUCCGUACACGUACACCAACCUGCAAGAAUACCUUUCUAGCAUCAACAACGACCCAGUACGGUCCAAGUUCUGUAAAAUACGUGUCUUGUGCCACACAAUCGCUAGGAACAUGGUGUACAUUUUAACGAUCACUACCCCCUUGAAGAACGCUGACUCGAGAAAACGAAAAGCCGUGAUUUUGACGGCAAGGGUCCAUCCGGGAGAAACCAACAGCUCGUGGAUCAUGAAAGGCUUCCUGGACUUUAUCUUAGGCAGCUCACGGGACGCGCAGCUGCUUCGGGACACUUUCAUCUUCAAGGUGGUGCCCAUGCUGAAUCCCGAUGGCGUGAUUGUAGGAAACUACCGGUGUUCCUUAGCUGGACGGGACUUAAACCGUAACUACACCUCUCUCCUCAAGGAAUCGUUCCCUUCCGUUUGGUAUACCCGGAACAUGAUCCACAGAUUGAUGGAGAAGCGAGAGGUCAUUUUAUAUUGUGACCUUCAUGGCCAUAGCAGGAAAGAGAACAUCUUCAUGUAUGGCUGUGGCGGAAGUGCUAAGUGUAAAGCAUUAUACUUACAGCAACGAAUCUUCCCACUUAUGAUGAGCAAAAAUUGUCCAGAUAAAUUUUCAUUCUCAGCUUGCAAGUUUAAUGUUCAGAGGAGCAAAGAAGGAACAGGAAGGGUGGUGAUGUGGAAAAUGGGAAUCAGAAACAGCUUUACCAUGGAGGCCACUUUUUGUGGAUCUACUCUGGGUAAUAAACGAGGCACUCAUUUCAACACAAAAGAUUUGGAGUCAAUGGGGUAUCAUUUUUGUGAUUCUCUCUUGGACUAUUGUGAUCCAGACCGAAGCAAGUAUUAUCAGUGUCUAAAAGAAUUAGAAGAAAUGCAGAAACAUAUAAACUUGGAAAAAGUCCUUGAUGAUUCAGAUACUUCUUUGAAAGAAAUUACAUUGGAGUCUAGUAGCCGAGGCUCUGACAGUUCAGAUUCGAAUGAGUCUCAGAGUUAUAUUCUCAAGUUAACUUCUCAGAUAAAACCCAAGAAAAAACAUCUGAGAACAAAGAAGGAAAGAAAUUCUACCCUAGCAAGACAUCAAAAUGCCAGACAAGAGCGAGAGGUUUGUGGUAGAGGAUAUUUAAUGCCAGGAUACAAAGAAUCAAAUUCUGAUGUGAAAGAUACAAGGCCAAAUGUAUCAGAUGAUCGUGUAUUUGAUUAUUUCAAAAGACGGUUACCUAAUCAAGGUUCGGGGAAAAUGCCUGGACAGACCCCUUCCUGGCUUCUAAAAAAAUAUUUGAGAUCUGCAUAA